CGGACAUGCACACGGGUGCAUUGCAGUGACUGGCCCUCAUCAGCAGCCAGUCAGCGAAGCAAGCGACAAGAGAGGGGCACAGGGACGGAGUUGAAUGAUACGGUCCUCACGAAGAUAGCGUUCGGACAUGCAGCGAGCAGAUGUGUGGUGCACAUGCAACAUGCGACAUACAAUGUCAGAUGAGACAUACAUAGAGAGGGACAUGUAUCUAGUACAAAUGUAUGCAGCACUGACUGACACGCAAUGGCUAUGCAGUGUGAUGGAUGAAUGGCAAACGGACAGAAAGAGGACACUAAUGCACGCGAGACCGACUUGACCAUAAAGAGCACUCACCCCCAUAUGCCUUGCUUAAACCAGUCGCCACACAGAGAUGGCUUCUUGCCCUCCUCUCACAGACACCAUGCCCUCCUCUUGACUCUUGACGUAGGUGUAAGUCAGGAUGCGCCGGUCACGAAUGGACUGGUGGACCACUGGGCGACCUCUGUCACCGACCCCGCAAAGGCGACCUCUGUCUGGCACUGCUCGCACAGGUAGCCCUCCGGCAGGAUGGCCAUUGGCUCCUUGUCGUUCUUGAUGAGCUCCCUGUUGGCCUCGACGCGCCGCGCAUUCUCCGCCAUGACGCGAGGGAUGUUCUGCUGCCAGGUCCUCCGGCGGUCGGCAUAGCACUUGGUGCAGAUGUGCAUGUGGCGGCAGGGGAUGUACAUGACGGCCACCGGGCCGUACUCGCCGAAACAGAUGACGCAGGCGGGAUCAUCCUCCCCGCCAUGCUGCUGCUGCUGCGUUGUGCUGGCGUGUGUGGAUGGGUGUGGCUGGGCGAAUGAUGUGGAGGGGGGCGGGGGGGCCGAUGAACUGCUACUCGACGAGGGCUGGUGAUGGUAGUGAGAUGACUGCUGAGCGGUCAUUUUGGCAAUCCUGAUGGCAGGAGAGCAUACAGUCAGAUGAAUGCUCGUGGAUCGUGGUUGGCGCCUCUCGGACGUGCAUGCCUUGCUUACGUCCAUUCAGCCUCUUGCAGCCGCCGUAUCAUAGCCUCUUCGUUCCGCUUGGCCUCUUGUUCUUUCUGCCGGGCUUCCUGCACCUCACGAGCCCUUCGCCUGGCCUCACGCGCCCUCCGCUUGGCCUCCUGGUCUUUUUGUUUGGCCUCCUGCUGAGUCUGCUCGAGUUGGCGGCAGAGCUGGUCCACCAGCUGCUCGCUGUCGGAGGCCGCCGCGGCGCCCGUCACCGCACCAAACCUAUACACAAGCACGUAGCGGCCAAGGAACAGAGUGGUACGUGCUAUCAUUCCCCUCUCCUCUCUGCCUGCCUCUGUGUACCCUGUAGAUGGCCCGCCAUUGCCGCCCUGCAUGGCCCCGGCCAUCUGGACAGCAGCGAAGGGGUCGGCUGCACUGCUCGAUGACGGUGGCUGGUAUCCCUCCUCCUCCUCCUCCUCCUCCUCAUACUCGAAUAUGGGGGGCGGAGGCGGCACAUACAUGUCAUCCCCACCACUGUCGUCGUCAUGGAAUUGGUCAGCCGACAGCCCACCACCACCAUAACUAGCUGCAGCAGCAGCAGCGGCAGCGGCAGCAGCUGGGGUCGGGCUAUACGGGAAGGGCUGGCGGUUACCGAACGGAUGUGACGGGACGCCGGACGCCUGUGGGCCGCCGUUGUAGCUGACAGGGAGAGGGGGACCCAUCGGAUGGAAAUCACUACACAGCAAAGCAGGCAACGAGAAGUUCAUAGAAGCGUUGCUGACAGACAGACAUCAUGCCCGUGUUACCUUGGGUGUGGUGGGGGUGGCGGUGGAUACGCCGGCGGGGGCGGCAAAUACAUGUCGGCCUCGUCAUAGAAUGGAUCAGCCCACAGCCCACCACCAUCGGCAGCAGCAGCUGGUGGUGCUGGCCCGACAGGCGCAUGGGCGAAGAAGCGACUCAUCUGAGGACCAGCAGUAGACAGACUGCAGACACACAGCAGGAGAUAAAGCACUCAUUGCGAUCGGACCAAGGCGCUCAUUGUGUGCGACAAUCUCACCUCGGCCUCUCGCCACGUGUCGGCUGCUGUUGAUCGUCUUGUCCAGUGGGCCGCUGCAGCGACGGCCCGUUGCGCAGCUCUUCGGCAGACGGGAGUCGGGGGAGUGGGAUAGAGGGAGGACGGGGCGGGUGGUGGGCAAACAUCGUCAUGAGGCCCCUCCCCGCCCCUCGACCUCCCACAGGCCGGGGGAGAGGCGAUGCAGAGCCAGACGGGCUGUCAUCGUCAGACAGCAGUGGCGAUGGACGCUUCGGCAGAGGAGGGGCCAUCCCCCCAUUGCCAGGGGACAUCUUGAAGCGGCCCUUGGGGAAUUGGGCGCUCGAAAGGGGAAUGGCAGCGGGCAUCCGAAUGGGGGCGUUGCCGCCGCGAUAACGAUCAUCACUGGCGGCAGGUGCAGGGCGGCCCGUCUGAUUGGUCUUGAGUGCUGGUGGGAGUGAGGGGCGGGAUGGCUGGCUCGGCUGAGAUGUGGGCGUCGGGGUGGGCUUGGUGGUGUGUUUUGCCUGAGCCUUCUUCUUGCCCUCGCUCAGCUGUUGUCGAGCGUGUCGUCCGAAUGCCGAGUUGAGCAGCAUAGCAUCGCCGUCCUCAUCAUCGCUGCCGUCAGCUUCACUUCCACCAGCCGCCGACUUCGCUGCAUCGCCACCAUCACCAGGCCGAUCGCUGCGCGCAGCGGCUGACACGGAUGACACGAAUGGCACACCAGACCUGCAAAGAAAGAGAUUGACACCCACACAGAGGAAGCGAAUGUGUCAGGGCAUUCUGUAAGGUGGGUGGGUUGCUCACGUGUCGGCGAUGGACGAAGAGGGCUCCGACUGACUCGCCUCAACCUCCUCGGCAGCAGAAACCCGACUCCACACACACACAUGAGGUGAACAGUCCCGUCAGCCAUGGUCUGUGGAUGGCUUCUCUACCUGGUGGAUGCGGCAGUGGAGGGCACUGACGGCUCAAUCAACGCAUCAGAGGGGCCCGCCUCAUCCCCACCUGCAGCCGCCUGCUGCUCCUUGCCGCCCUUGUUCUUUUUGCCCUUGCCCUUGCCCUUUGUGCCCUUGCUCUUGCCUUGGUUGGCCUUCUGGUCCUCUUUCUCUUUGGCCUCCUUCUCGUGACGCUCCUCCGCGAGGAGGGCAUCCUGCAUCCGCUUCGCCUUGGCCUCCUGGGCCGCCAACUGGGCCGCCGAGAUGGUGGUCUCGGGCUUGGCUUUGGUGGCGUUCUGGUGCUGUUGGGCGAGGGAAUUGAAGAAUCCAAAUACCUGAGUGGCACAGAGAGGUGGAUGGGAGAGUCUUGUGAUGUGUAGGAGUGCUGCUCACCUGUUGUGAGACCUCGAUGCCGCUCGUGCGCUUCCGGAUCGCCUUCGCCGACUCGAACUUGACGGCACAGAGACACCCAGGUAGGCACAGCCCACACGACUGGCUGAAUAUGUUCGCCACUGCUGUGAACGUACCUGCACUAUCUCCCCAACGAUGGGAUUCGGUGUGCCUUUUGCGACCUGCGACUUGCCAUAGCUGCCACACAUGACACAGCGACAAGCAGACACACUCAAUGAUGCGUCGGGCUCCUUUCUACAGCACAUGGCUGACCUGACGAUGCCUUUGAGAAUUUCGACAGCAGUAGCACGGUCACAGUCAUCGAAGACGGACCCGAGGAGGAGCUGUCCCUGUGCGUCUUUGAGAAGCAUGUCACAUAUCGCCUGUGCCAGUCCCGUCAGUCCCCAACACCUGCACACAAACAAACGCACCACCACAGCACUCUCGUCCAAAUGAGAUGGAGGUCGGUGACCCUCCUUUGCUGACCUUCCUGUCUCUCUGACUGAGCGUCUUCACACAGGUCAUGCAGAGGACCAGCAGCUGCAUGUCGAUCCUUUCGGCCCUCUCAAAGAUGAGUGUCAGACUCGAUACGAACUGCGACUCUAUCAGAAUGCCGGCCUCCCCACCAUCUGCACACACACACAAAGACAUACACAUAUGGUUCAAGAGUUCUGGGAGGUGCACCGACUGACGGACCUAUCAGCGCCAUGGCUGGAAUGACCAGAGCAGUCGUGAUGCAACAUGCCAAGGAGUUCCUUGGAUCCUCGUGCGCUCUGUAGUCCAUGUCCAAUGUGUUGGCCACUCGAUCUCGAAGUGUCGCAUCCAGGACGAGGGAACGAAGCGGCUGCAUCGGGGGCGGGGCAGCGGCGAGUAUUUUCACCGCCCCCGGUUGCUCGAUGUACUUGUCGAAAUCACCUAGCUGCAAAGAGCCACCUGCACACACAAAUACACAUUUACCCCACUAGCCGUCAGUCUCCUUCACCUCCUACCUGUCUUCUUUCGCAUGCAGAGGACGAGAGCGAUUCUGAUGAAGAUCCCUGAUGUGGGGAUCGCCGCGCAGCACAGGGGAGAGGCAGGAUCGGACGCCGCGAUGAGGUCCACCAGCCCGUCCAUGUGGGCGUAGAUGUGCGUGUUGAGAGCCGCCCUGAUGGCCGGCCACUCCUCCACAAUGCCUGCCAAGACAAAGGACAGCAGCCUGGUUCAAAGAGCAUAUCAACGUGCACUUUUCUGACCUAAUCGUGGCGAGUCACGUAGAUAGUCUGCGGCGAACAUCAGCGGCACUAAGAAGCGGCUCGUCCUCUCGGUCUGGUCAUCCGUCAGCUGCUUCAGGCUCUCGACGCAUAUGGAGUAGAACUCGAGCACGAGUUGAAAUGACGGCCCGACAGGGCUGGGCACAAACAGCUUCUUCAGCAUCACGACGGUCUCGUUGGCUAAUGAUGCGUGUCUGCACCCCCGAAUGACCUCCAUCGCCUGCCGGAGGGUCGUUUGGGGGGUCUGGAGGAGGCUCGCGCGGAGCUGCGGCCCUCCUGCAGCCUCGAGGGCGGUGGCCGCUUCAAGAGCAGAUCGAAUAAGGUGCACUCUCACAUACGUCACGACGUCGAUGGGGCGAAGCAGCGGCUCGUUGGGUGACGAUGCCUCGACGAUAGCAUGCGCGAUGAUGCUGUGGACCUUUCCGCCCAGGUCGCCCCCCUCCCCUCCUCCCUCCGUCGACAGAUCCUCAAGGCCCUUCCACGUCGCGAUCUCGAAGAUGCGCUGGACGGCCGACACACGAUUCGACGGGGCCAUGUGCUCCAGGAAGCCAUGAGUGCAGAGGACGACCAGCAGGUCAGCAGUCGCCAGCUGGCACUCCCUAUUGCUGUCGUCGACUAGGCGCAUCAAGACGCGAAGGAAAAGCUCCCCCUCUUUUUCGAAUCGCACAACCAGCCGUUUGGCAGAUGCAUCGGUCACUGCGCCGCCAACGAUGCCUCUGGCUGCCGCAGUGAAUGUCUCGAUAUCGUCAGAUAGCAGGCCGCCCACCAUCGCAUCGAGGCCGACAGGUGACGAGGGCUGCGGGGAGGGGGAGCAGGGCGGCGGAGGUGCCCCUGAAGACGCCGGACGUGUGUGCGCAGCUGUCUUGCGCUUGGUUGGGCAGUGCGAUCGGUCCGUCGCGGCUGAGCUGCUGCACACGGUGGCCGUCUUGGGGAGCGAAUCGAUGAACGACGAUACCUACACAGAAAGGCAGGAGGGAAUCAGAGAGGCAUCUGUGCGUCCAUCGGCUCAUGUGUGUGGUCGUGCGGUUUCGUUGGCUUUGUCACUCACAUCUGCUGACAGGUCACGGCGGCCUCUCAGCUGCUGGACGGCCUCACACUGGCAGUAAACCACACAAUCAGACAGACACGGACACAUUGCGAUCGACGUAUGGUCGCAAGGCAGGACACUCCUUUGUUCGGUGCUACCUGUACAAUCUGGUCGACGAAUGGGUUGGUUGUCGCCUUGCGGUCAGUGACCAGCUCAUGACCACACCUGCAGGACAGCCCAUGACAGACACAUACGUGGAGCAGCUGCAGCCACUAUUAUUCCAAGGCAUUCACCCCGCUCACUUGAUCAUCCACUGCAGGAGAUUGGCGACACAGUCGAUGAGCCCCGGCCCCACACACAGGCUCGGUCAAUAGCUGGCAGACAGCUUCUACCACUCGAUGACCUGGGCCAAUGUCUCCCGAAUCUGUGAAGAUACACACACCCAGCCCUAGCUUCACAUGUCACUUUGUGUCCCCAACCGCGCCUCUCUCUCUGUCUCUCUUUCAAUGGCCAUUCUGUCUGACCAAUAGCGAAUCUUGCCGGUAUCUUCAAACAGGUGAGCAUUGUGGAGUAGGUGCAUGGCGGCAGCUCGAUAUCUUGGUCAGGAAGGGCGUUGGCCGCUUUAACGGCUUUGAUGAUCAGCGAGGGGUUGUCAAGCAGUAAUCGGCAUGACGACAGGGAGAAAUGGGUGGGAAAGUCCCGCUGCUGGCUUAGUCUGAGGACGCCCAUCAUGAUGGCACCCAGUGUGGCCGCCGCCAUAGCCAACAUCCCUCCUUCUGCAGAGCUGACAAUGCCCAGGAGCGGCUCCACGUGUGGAUAAAGGUGCUGUUCGAGCAGCCGCCUCACGUCCUUCUGGCGCAGAGCUGAUGGACCGACACACACACGUACACAGAAGACGACGACAACACUAAGGGGUUGUCGGCUUAGAGCUCAUUUCUAAAUGUGUUUGCAUCUUACAUUUGCUCUGCCUCUGCGAGGCUGCGUGUGCCACAUACGAAGGCAGAUCCAGCACCCACCGCCAUCCCUCUGCAUGCGUAGGUCGCCCCUCCCAAAUGCUCGACGAGGAGUGUGAAGAGCGGCAGGGACAGCUGGAGGGGAAUGGGGGUGAGGUCCUCAUCGGGGGAAGAUGGCGAUGGGGUGGUAAACGGCUGCAGCAGCGAUUUCACGACGGAAUACGCCGUAGGGGAAACAGACCCAUGUGUGUCGGUGCGGAUGACCUUCAGACACUGCUUGAUGGUGGUCUCGUGGUUGGCGAGCACUGAGUCCCGCAGACGAGCGCCCUCCCGCGGUGCAGCGGCCUGCAGAUCCUGAAGCACCGAGGCAAGAAACAGCAGCCGCAGGUACGUCACGACGUCCACUGCAGCAUCAGCUUUGACGACGUGUUUGACGUAUAGGCUCUCGUCAGGCCCAUAGCCCCUGCUGGCGGCUGUUGGUUCCCUCCAGGUCACCACAUCCACAAUAACACCAGCCACAUCGACAAGCUGGCAUGACUGCAGAGCUGCAAUAGCGGGAUUGAUCAGAUUCUCCGUAACGAUGAAGAGCAGCAGAUCGGCCGCAGCCAGCUGGGUCUCCCUGUAUCGAUCAUUCACCAGCCGCAGCAGUAUGCGCCUCAGCCCGUCUUUGUCUUUGAGAAGGCGGGCAGCGAGACGCUGCUUUUCCUUUUUGUUGAGCCUCUCCUUCACACAUGCAUUGGCCACCUGCCGUGCUGCAGCUGUGAAGGUGGUGGGGUCCGCUGAGAGUAGAUCCGCCGCAAGCAGGUCGGUGUCGCUCUGACUCAGCAGUUGCGGUUCACGAGAUCCCUUCCUCAUCUCAAUGUGGCAGAGCUGCCCACGUGGACGGGCUAAAGAGCUGCACACGCUUAGAUCAGUACG